CGGAGCAUGGCUGAGCCUGGCGCGUUGGAGACCGUCCUGAGGCGGAUUGAGAAGGCGGACGACGGUGUCGACAGUCUUGAGGUCGCCGCCGGUCUUGGGGUGGACCACCAAGUCAUCGUGGGAGCAGUAAAGAGUUUACAGGCACUUGGAGAUGUGAUCUCAGCCGAGCUGCGCUCCUCCAAGCACUGGGAACUGACGGCGGAGGGGAAGGAGAUAGCUGAGCUGGGGAGCCAUGAAUCUCGAGUCUUCAGCAGCAUCCCACCGGAGGGCUUGGCCCAGAACGAGCUUAUGAAACUAGCCUUCGGAAAGGUUGGCUUCAGCAAAGCCAUGUCCAACAAGUGGAUCCGAGUGGACAAGGGACAUGAAGGUGGCCCCAGGAUAUUCAAGGCUGUGGAGCUCAUAGAGGACCAGGUUAGAGAGAAGUUGCUCCUGGUGCAGAAAGACCAGGCAUCUCAAAUGGAGGAGAAGGAAAAGAACGAGCUGAAGAAGAGGAAACUGCUGUCUGAAGUGACCGUGAAGUCUUACUGGAUCACCAAGGGCAACUGCUUCAGCACCACCGUCACCAAACAGGAGACGGAGCUCACUCCGGAGAUGAUUACCGGUGGGAGCUGGAAGGAGAAGAAAUUUAAGCCCUAUAACUUUGAGGCCAUGGGGGUUGCCCCAGACUGCGGCCAUCUGCACCCGCUGAUGAAGGUGCGGACCCAGUUCAGGCAGAUCUUCUUGGAGAUGGGUUUCACUGAGAUGCCGACCAACAACUUCAUCGAGAGCUCCUUCUGGAACUUCGACUCCCUCUUCCAGCCUCAGCAGCACCCAGCCAGAGACCAGCACGACACCUUCUUCCUGUCUGAUCCAGCUCUGGCCAACACAUUUCCCCAGGACUACCUUGAGCGAGUGAAGUUGGUCCACUCAGAGGGAGGAUAUGGGUCACAAGGCUACAAGUAUGACUGGAAGAUAGAGGAAGCUCAGAAGAACAUUCUCCGCACGCACACCACGGCGGUCAGCGCACGCAUGUUGUAUAAACUCGCACAACAGGAGAAGUUCACCCCUGUUAAGUACUUCUCCAUUGACCGAGUGUUUCGAAAUGAGACCUUGGACGCCACCCACCUGGCUGAGUUCCACCAGAUCGAGGGCGUGGUGGCCGACUACGGGCUGACGCUGGGAGACCUCAUGGGCAUCCUGCACCAGUUUUUUACCAAACUAGGGAUCACCAAACUACGCUUCAAGCCUGCUUAUAACCCGUACACAGAGCCCAGCAUGGAAGUGUUCAGCUAUCAUGAAGGCCUAAAGAAGUGGGUGGAGGUUGGAAACUCAGGAGUCUUCAGACCAGAGAUGCUGUUGCCAAUGGGGCUUCCAGAAGAUGUGUCGGUCAUUGCCUGGGGACUUUCCUUGGAGAGACCCACCAUGAUCAAGUAUGGCAUCAACAACAUCAGAGAGCUAGUGGGGCACAAGGUGAACCUACAGAUGGUCUACGACAGCCCCAUAUGUCGACUGGACUCCUGAAUUCUGCCCCCCGGUGCGUGUUUGGACGGGCUUCCCACCCCAGUAUAACAUGGAUCAUGGCUGUGUCCCACAUUAGGGACUCCUAUACUCUCUGGAUACAGUAUGGACUCCCAGAAUAAUCCCAUUCAUCCUUAAUCCAAACUCGGCCACUGACUGCCAGUUAGACAGAUCUGUGCGUCUGCAGGAGCGAGUGGUGGAAAGAGGACUUGGGUUUUUCCAUAUGUCACCUCAUCGGUAAAUAAACAGAUUACAAUGCACUAAAGGUCUGGUAUAUCAAACAGCUGUAACUCAUUUUCAACAGCUGCUGUAUGAAUUGCAUACCCGGCUCAAAAGAUGACAGCUGAGACUCACGUGAGACAUACCAGGUUGCCCACCAGGUAUACCAGCCCUUUCUUUUUCUGGGUCCCUUUGUCCGAAUUGUUAUACCACGUGGCUAACGUGUACAGAUCAGAAAUGAAGUUGGAUUUUAGCGAUGUUAAAAUAAAAGAUUUCUCAACAUGC